AUAAAGAAAGUUCAGGGGGAGACCCUCAAAAUGUUCAGCUGCUUCCUUCCAUUUGGUUGUCAGCAAUAGGGAACUUUAAGGGGGCCACUCUUCCCUCUUUUUCGAGCUCUGAUUUAUCUAGAUCAGGCUAGUGCGGGGUAAUAGUCAAACUAUCAGCCGAAUUCGGUCUUUUGGUUUUUAUUUAUUUUUUUUUCUCCUUCGUCAUAUCAUAUCUCAAUGAAACAUAUCCUUCGAGGGAACUUGGAGAACUUGGAGAUCAUCAGAUACUUAGUCAUUAUAUUUCCUCCCAGAUAAUCACCAUGUCGAACGGAACCAAUAGUCAGACGACAGAAGCCGAGUCCUCGGAAGUUCGUAACGCCUCUCAAAGAUAUCUCAGCACCAGGGGCGAAGACUAUGAUGUACGAACUAUACUAUCCUUCGAGGAGGUUGUUUUAAAAGGCCUAGCCACCGAUGGUGGACUUUAUAUUCCAGAGGAGGUCCCUUCAGCGAGCGACUGGCAGAGCUGGAAAGACUUAUCCUUUCCCGAUCUUGCCCUUGAGAUCCUAUCUUUAUAUAUAGCACCGUCUGAAAUCCCACGAGAUGACCUCAAGGGAAUCAUCGACAGGAGUUAUUCCACCUUCCGCGCCCCUGAAACUACACCGCUACGACAUCUCCACGAUAACCUCUACCUACUAGAACUUUUCCAUGGUCCCACAUUUGCAUUCAAGGAUAUUGCUCUCCAGUUUCUAGGGAACCUUUUCGAGUACUUCCUAGUACGGAAGAAUGAGGGAAAGACGGGUACCGACCGACACCACCUGACCGUGGUAGGCGCUACAAGUGGUGACACCGGCUCAGCGGCUAUCUACGGGCUACGAGGAAAGACAGAUGUCUCGGUAUUUAUCCUUCACCCCAAGGGCAGGGUCAGUCCUAUUCAAGAGGCACAAAUGACCACAGUACUAGAUGCGAAUGUGCACAACUUAGCAGUUACGGGUACAUUCGACGAUUGCCAAGAUAUACUUAAGGCUUUAUUCGCCGAUCCAGACAUUAACUCGACACUCAACCUCGGCGCUGUAAACUCGAUAAACUGGGCAAGAAUCCUCGCCCAGAUCGUUUACUAUUUCCACUCUUACUUUUCGCUUGUGAAAUCAUCCGGGGUUAGUAUUGGCGAGAAAGUCCGCUACGUUGUACCCAGCGGCAAUUUCGGCGAUAUCUUGGCUGGUUACUUUGCGCACAGGAUGGGUCUACCUGUGGAAAAGUUAGUCAUCGCGACAAACGAGAACGACAUUCUGGACAGAUUCUGGAAGACCGGAAGAUAUGAGAAGAAACCCACCCGUGGUCCUGAGGCGCAAGGGGGUCUGGCAGUUGAUGGCGUCAAAGCUCACGAAGAUGGCGUCAAGGAAACGCUGAGCCCCGCAAUGGAUAUCCUGGUCUCAAGCAACUUCGAGCGACUUCUCUGGUUCCUAGCCUAUGAGUUUGCUUCCGUUGCUGGAAUGGACGAUGAGUGGAACAGGAAACAAGCUGGCCAGGAGGUUGCCGCAUGGAUGAAACAGCUGAAGACAACCGGUGGUUUUGGCCCAGUCUAUCGUGAUGUGCACUCCAGUGCUAAGCGCGACUUCGAGAGCGAACGGGUGAGCGAUUCGCAGACGAUCGACACUAUCAAGAACUACUUUAAGAAGAUCGACUACGUCCUAGAUCCUCACUCCGCGAUAGGCGUUGCUGCAUCAUUACGAUCAAUGGCGCGUUCCAAGGCCCCUCACAUUUCGCUCUCAACCGCUCACCCUGCCAAGUUUGCCGGUGCAGUUGACCUUGCGUUGAAAGACGAGCCCGGCUUUAACUUCGAAGAGAAGGUUCUGCCACCCGAGUUCUUGGGCCUUGAGGAGAAGGAGAAGAGAGUCAUGGAAGUGGAGAACGACUGGCAGAAGGUCAGGGAGAUUGUGAAGAAGCAAGUAGAGGAAGAGUUGAAGGGUCAGGCAUAGGACGGCGUUUGGAAUUUUGUUUGAUUUGAUUUCUGCAUUGUAGCAUUCUUACCUAGAUACUUGCAUUGGGUUCACUCGCUUGCAUUUAUGCUCACGCUCUGUGGGCAUACUUUAUGAAUAGAUAUCCUUAAAACUACCUACCUACCUUAGGUACCCAUACAAGUUAACCGAACAACUCAUUUCUACGAGAGGUAGUAUUAUAAACUACGGGUGUUAAGACAUACCUAGGUACCUACCUGUUACUAGAUCAAUGAAACAUUUUCGAGACAAGGCCAGCUAAAGACAAAUGAACAGGUUGCAAUAUAAACAUACAGUUACUCCGAGAUCAUA